GAGAGGGUGGGGGAGUUUGGAUAUGGCAGCCAGGCAGUCCGCUGUUUGCCUUGCUGAGGCACGGGCCGUUCCUCCUCGGCCGAGCCCUAAACGUAUUAUUUGGAAUAAGACUACGACGACUACGACGACUACGACGACAAGGACGACGACAAGGACGACGGCUACGAAUACGAUAACAACGACAACUACGACGACCACGAAAACAACAGGGACGAGGGCUUUAACAACGACGAAACGCGAUAUAAAAGAUUUAUUUAUAUCGACGACGAAAAUCGACGAAUUGUUUUUCGGUAAUAAAAGUCCCUCGAGGAAGGGCACGGUGCACGCGAUAGACGCGUGGAUUUCUGGUUCCGCGUACUGUGUUGGAGCCACGCUCCCCGGGUGCGGCAUGCUAAACAAUAUCUCACCCGGCGGUUCCGUACACGGUAUUCCCGGAACGAAGGACCUUCAUACUCAAGAUUUAAAACGUCACGAGAAGUUGGACGGGGUAUUAAGAGUGAACUUGGGCAGCGGACUGUCUACUGGUGGUGGCCUGCUUCAUCAGGAAUUAAUCAUGACUAUGCCUGGCGCAGGAAGCGCAACGGCGAUUGGACAAGGAGAUGAAAAGCCAGUUAAGCAAAAACGACAUCGGACGCGUUUUACACCGGGACAAAUUAAUGAACUCGAAAAGUGUUUUUCGACGACGCAUUAUCCUGACAUCUUCCGUCGCGAAGAAAUCGCUGGUAAAAUCGGCCUCACCGAGAGUCGCGUCCAGGUAUGGUUUCAAAAUCGUCGAGCAAAAUGGAAGAAACGUAAGAAGACGACUAACAUGUUCGGUGGUACUGGUACGUUGCUACCGUCGCAUGGUUUGCCACCAUUCGGGCCAAUUGGUCCAGAUCUAUGCGGAACUGCGAUGUUUCAAGCACCUGCGGAGAGAUGGGGAGUGAGUACAGGUCUCGGCCAACUGGGACAAAGCGGCAUGGGCAUGAGUGGUUUCGGGCAAUUAGGUCAACAAAGCCCCAGUACUCUUGGCAACUUGGGCCUUGGCAAUUCUGGUCUGUCGAUCAGUAGUCCUUCCCAGACGGUCUAUCAAACGAGUUACGGAUUAAAUUCUCUCGGAGGUGUACACGUGUCGGCGUCGCGGGGUUCACCACCAGGAGGAUCGUCGGUUGGCGGAGGUCAAGGAGGUGGUUUGAGCUCGGCGUUAAAUUGCGCGCAGGGUUCGCCAGGUUCGAGUUCAGGUGGCGGAGGUGCCGCAGCGGCAGCGGCGGCGGCGGCGGCGGCGGCAGCAGCGGCGGCAGGAGGAGGUGGAGGUGGGGUAUCCUGCGUCGGUGCUGAAGUUAAUGCGGAUGAGGCGUCGGGAUGGAGAGGUGCUCACAGUAUCGUUGCGCUUAGGCGUCGUGCUACGGACACCACGCAGCAAUAUAGUCCGCAACCGCAUCCACCGCCAUCGGGUCCUUUACAGUACGCCCAUGGUAUGGAAUAUAGCUCUGCGUACUGAAACCCAACAACCAUUCGAAAUUUCCCGCUCAUCGGCGGCCAUUUUGGUUAAGAGAAGGACGGUCUAUACGUGACGUUCGCGCGAACAACCAAAGUGACGUUUGCGAUUCCUCGACGACGAUUCUCCAUGAAUGUAAUUAAUUAAUUAAUUAAUUAAUCAAUCAAUCAAUCAGUCAAUUAAUUAAUUGAUUAAUUAAUUAAGCUUACGUUACGAUAUAUAUAUAUAUAUAUAUAUAUAUAUAUACAUAUAGGUAGUACAUACGUCGAUAUUAUUAUAAAAUCAAGAAACGAUAAAGGAGUAAUGGAAGAAUCGUUAUAUAUGUAUUUCAACGAGACGAAAAUUAGAUAUUAGAAUUACGUCGAUAGAAACUAAAUCACGUCGUACGUGUAAUAUCUAAUUAAGAUGAUAUUCGAUCCUCGAAAUUUUUGUCGUCAUCGGCGAUGAUAGGGAGAAGGUGUUAUAAAAUGGGAUAAGAAAAGAGUAAGAAGAGAGAAAAUGGGGAGUAGAAGGGGAGAUAAAAAAAAAAGAAGAAGAAGAAGAUGAAGAUGAAGAAAAAUUUAUGUAUACGACGAGUUAUCUUAGUAUUAUGGUAUACGAUGAGAUUCGAGUAGAAGAUGUUUUCGGUAACAAAAGUGAACGAGAAUCUAUCGAAUCAAGCAUAGUUAUUGAAAUAUGUUCCGCUCGUUCUCUCUCUUUCUCUCUUUCUCUUUCUCUCUCUCUCUCUCUCUCUCGCG